AUGUGCUGCUUGGUCUAUUUGAAGGCGGUUGUCAGGGCUUGGGGAUGUGAGAGGAGCGACGCCGAUCCUGACCCACCGACCCGUGGAAGCGGCCCUGCGAGCGGUCGGCGUGAGGCAGUGAGGAAAAGCUUCGACCCAAGAGCCGCCGGAAAGAAGUUGCAUCACUGAAGAUCUCUCAAUGUUGCAUAUUGCAUGGAAAAGUACAUUAAACAAAUAAAGUCAACUGCUUUUCAUCAUACUUAGCUGUGCUCAGAAAUGGCCACUGGGAAACUAGAGAAUAGCAUCCAAACAUAAAUAGAGUUUGGAGAGAAGACAUGUUGGCACAGUGUGAUUUAGCUUGGCACAACACUUGCUUUUCUGAUCCUAGUGUACUUAAUUAUGGAAGUUGUUUGGAGGACUGUAACAUGGAUAUUAUGCCUCAUGAUGACUCCCUCAGCUCUACAGAGUCACACAGUUCACUCAAUGAAUUCGCAAGAAGAGUUCCUGUCAACUCUCGAGCACUAUGAAAUAGCAAUUCCAGUCCGAGUAGACCACAAUGGAGACUUCCUAAGCUAUAAUGUAAAAGGUAGCCAUGAACUGCGAUCAAAAAGAAGCUUUCCUGCGUUUCAACAUGAGCCAGUUGAGCAGCAAGUUUUUUAUAAAGUAUCUUCACAUGGAUUGCACUUUCUUUUAAACUUGACUUUACACGUUAAUCUUGUAUCAGAUUAUUUUACUGUAGAAUAUUGGAAAAGAGAUGGCAUAGAAUGGAGACAUGAUUAUAUGGAUGAAUGUCAUUAUUUGGGACAUUUAAGUGAUCUCCAGGGAGUCACAAAAGUUGCCUUGAGUAACUGUAAUGGAUUGCAUGGUGUAAUAGUUGAGGAUGAAGAAGAAUACUUCAUAGAGCCCCUCACCACUGUUAAAAUAGCUGAAUUCAAUUACACUGAAGGAAGCCCCCAUGUAGUUUAUAAACGAUCUUCUCUCCGAAAUCAAUAUCGCCAUAUUGAUUCAACAUGUGGAGUUUCAGAUGAGAAGCCAGGCAAAGGAAGAUCUUCAUGGCUGAGGAAUUUACAAACUUCAUCAAUUACCCUUUCACCUAAUAAGACUCUGCGAAAUCAACUGCAGUUGAAAAGAUCUGUCAGUCAAGAACAUUAUGUAGAGACUCUAGUUGUAGCAGAUAAGAUGAUGGUUGGAUACCAUGGACGGAGAGACAUUGAGCAGUAUAUUCUUUCUGUUAUGAAUAUUGUUGCCAAACUUUUGCAAGACUCGAGUAUAGGAAACAUUGUGAAUAUGGUUGUAACUCGACUCAUCUUACUUACUGAUGACCAGCCAAACUUGGAAAUAAAUCAUCAUGCUGGUAAAUCACUAGAUAGUUUUUGUAAGUGGCAGAAAUCUAUUCUUUCCCACAACGGUAAUGGAAAUGCCAUCCCUGACAACGGAAUUCCUCACCAUGAUAAUGCUGUACUUCUCACCAGGUAUGAUAUUUGCAUCUAUAAGAACAAACCAUGUGGAACUCUAGGUCUAGCUCCUGUGGGUGGCAUGUGUGAACCAGAAAGGAGUUGCAGUAUCAAUGAGGAUAUAGGCCUGGCAACAUCAUUUACUAUCGCUCAUGAAAUUGGUCACAAUUUUGGAAUGAAUCAUGAUGGAGUUGGAAACUCCUGUGGUCCAAGAGGUCAGGAAGCAGCAAAGUUGAUGGCUGCUCAUAUCACAGUGAAAACUAAUCCUUUCAUCUGGUCAACAUGCAGCAGGGAUUACAUCACCAGCUUCUUGGAUUCAGGACAUGGUCGAUGUCUCAUCAAUACACCCCCAAAACAGGAGUUCUUCUACCCGACUCUGGCCCCAGGCCAGGUGUAUGAUGCAGAUGAGCAAUGCCGUUUCCAAUAUGGAGUCAAAUCACGCCAGUGUAAAUAUGGGGAGGUAUGCAGUGAGUUAUGGUGUCUUAGUAAAAGCAAUCGUUGUAUUACCAAUAGCAUUCCAGCUGCUGAGGGAACCGUGUGCCAAUCCAAUACCAUUGAUAAAGGGUGGUGCUACAAAAGAGACUGUGUCCCGUUUGGCAGUAGACCAGAAGGAGUAGAUGGGGCUUGGGGACCCUGGUCAGCAUGGGGAGAAUGCAGCAGGACCUGUGGAGGUGGAGUUUCAUAUUCCGGCAGGCAAUGUGACAGUCCAAGACCAACAGUUGGUGGACGUUACUGUCUUGGAGAGAGGAAGCGCUUUCGAUCAUGUAAUAUCGAUGACUGUCCACCAGGGUCUCAAGACUUCAGAGAAACACAAUGCACAGAAUUUAAUAACAUUGCAUUUCGUGGGAAGUUUUAUACCUGGAAACCGUACAUUGGAGGUGGUGUGAAGUCCUGUGCUUUGAACUGCCUUGCUGUAGGCUUCAAUUUCUACACUGAGCAUACUGCAGCUGUGGUGGAUGGUACCUUGUGUCGACCAAACUCUCUCGAUAUAUGCGUCAAUGGGGAAUGUAAGCAUGUGGGUUGUGAUCAUACACUAGGUUCAGAUGUAAGAGAAGAUCGCUGUCGUGUCUGUGGUGGCGACGGGAGCACAUGUGAAACCAUAGAAGGGAUUUUUAAUGGAUCGAAUCCUCAUGGAAGUUAUGUGGAAAUUAUCCAUAUUCCCAGGGGGUCAGUACAUAUUGAAAUUAAAGAACUAAAUAUAUCUCAGAAUUACCUUGCACUGAAGUCCGAUGGUGAAGAAUACUUUGUAAAUGGUGGCUGGUCCAUUGAUACACCACAACAGUUUGAUAUUGCUGGGACUAUUUUCCACUAUAUGAGAUCAGAUGAUGAGCCAGAGUGUUUGGAAGCAUUGGGACCUACCAAUGCAAGUCUUUUUCUUAUGGUGCUGGUACAAGAGGAAAAUCAGGGUAUUCAUUACAAAUUUAAUGCGCCCAUUACACGCACAAACGCUGGUGACUCACUGACAAACUAUGCAUGGCGCUAUUUUCCAUGGUCCAAGUGUACUGCAAUCUGCGCAGGAGGUGUACACGAACAGCCCAUUGUGUGCAAGAAACUGGAUGAUAAUUCUGUUGUUUCUACUCAUCACUGUAACAGUGAAAACAAGCUUCCAGAAAAACAACGUGCUUGCAACACAGAACCAUGUACAUCAGUGUGGAUUAUAGGUGACUGGUCUGAGUGCAGUAGGUCCUGUAAUGGUGGACUUCGUACUCGAGAUGUGGUGUGUGUCCAAAAGGUCACUGCCUCUGAGGAAAAAGUACUGGAUGAUAGUUAUUGUACAAAAGUCCGCCCCAUAAUAAAGGAAAGUUGCAAUAACCAUACCUGUCCACCUGAAUGGGUUCCUCUCGAUUGGUCUGAGUGUACACCAAGUUGUGGAAUAGGUUUCCGGCACCGUAUUGUACUUUGCAAGAGCAGUGAUUAUUCUGUGACAUAUCCAGCUUCACGUUGCCCUGUGAACUCCAAACCUCCCAUCCGAAUGCGAUGUACUUUACAGCGAUGUCCACCACCUCGUUGGAUAGCAGGAGAAUGGAGCCCGUGUUCGAUUCAGUGUGGUCUGGGUCAGCAGAUGCGGACUGUUCAGUGCUUGUCACACAUUGGCCAGCCAUCAAUGGAAUGUCCAGAGUCCUUUAAGCCUGCAGCCAUGCAACAGUGUGAAAGCAGAUGUGAAGCUCUUCCAACUGAGAAUCCAGAAGAAUGCAAGGAUGUGAAUAAAGUGGCUUAUUGCCCACUGGUGCUAAAAUUUAAAUUUUGUGUUAGGCCUUACUUCAGGCAAAUGUGUUGUAAAACUUGCCAAGGACAUUGAUCUUCAGGAAUCGCUUCAAAUGAACAGAGUGUUUUACCGAGCAGUAUGGACCAAAUUAUGAAACUUUGUAUUCAUUAAAAAGGAGAGGAAAAAAAGUUAACCAGCUAAUGAUGUGAACCAAGAAACCAAAUGCAUCAUCGUAAGUCUGACCUAUAACACUCCUUAUAGGUUUGUCGUACAACAGCCAACUGUGACCAUGAUUUAUUUACAGCUAGGUUUAUGGACCUCAUCAUUCCAGUCCUAAUGUUGCCUUCAAACAGCAUCACUGUGGACUAAUGCACAAAGCUACAAACUAUGCUAUCACCCAUUUCCUUUGUGAUGUUGUUCGGCAUUUUUUUUAAACAAGUUCAUCGUCUGAACAAGAGCCGAUUGCUCAAAAAAAAAUCAUGCCUCCGUUUUUUGGUUGACAACAUACCUACCGUAUAUAAUGAGUGCUGCAUAGCUAUUAACUUGUUCACAAAAAGAAUAUUUAUCAAAUUUUGUAACAGUGUUUCAGUAAUGGACUUUGUGAAAGGCAUACAUGACCUCCAUUCUUUAUCCAUAGUAGUGCUAUUUACUACAAAGAUUUGCCUAACAGCUACAGCAUUAUAAUCCCUGUGAGCCUUGGGUGCCAUCCAGUUGCUUUCUGUGCUCUUUAUGUUUUCUAGUGUUUCCACCAAUGAAUGAAGCUAACUUCAGUGUGGGACAGUGGUAAUUUUUAUUCUGGGUUGCACUACUGAAAUAGUCAUUAAUAAAACAUCUAAUAGAACUAGCACAAUGUAAAUCAAUAUCAAUAGACUGAAAAAAAAUGACUGUGAAGUCCAAGCUGCUCACAGAUGUUUCUGUUUUAUUAGUUCAAAUUGCUAUAUAUUUAUGGAUUCUUAAAUGCUGUUCACAAAUUAUGGAGUCACUGAAUGAUUACAUCUGGUGUUAUACUGACUGGACAGAAAGAUUGUCACAUGAGCAACUUUGCAACUAACCAGCUGCUGAAGUAGGAUCUUAUUCAUUAUUGCCUCUGUAAACAUCUCAGAGAAGAUUGAGAUUAAAAUGAAAAUAGUUUAAAGUAGAAAUAGUGUUUUCCUUAGCAAUGAUUAACAAAAUAUUGUUAUUUGCAAAAUUGCACUGCCUAUCAAUUUUUAUACAAAUUUCCAACUUCUUUAUCAUCCUACCUUGGAUAUAAUGUGAGACAUUUCUAAUUGGCUGUGGAGAAGAAGGUCUGCUGUUCCAUGUCCACCUCACAUACAAUCCCAAUGAAACAUGGUUGACUCUUAAUUGCCAUCAGAAAUUGCCCUGCGAGUCAGUUAGUUACAUCAAGAAUCGGUAUCUCAUAAUGAAUAUCGUCAUGACAAGGAGUGUAACAGUUCAAAACGGUGCCACACUGCCAGCAUUCCAGCUUUGGUCGGCAAUGAGAUUAGUUCAUUGGUGAUGUGAAUGAAGCAACCAUCUCUAAUGGAGAAUUAUAACAUUCGCAAUAUAUACCAGUAGUCUCGAGUCUUUGUCAAAACAGAAUUCAAUUCCUGCUGUGCACUAUUCAAUGCAAUCUUCAUUACAAAAUCCAAGGUUGAAGUCAUCAAUGGUGUAAAAAAUUGUAGACCAGGACAGAGCUUCUGCACCUAGUGCCACCUCUGUUUCAAAUAUAGAGGUAUCGGAUACUUGCCAUUCACAGACGUUUCCAGGUUCUUGAUAGUGCAAAGCAGUAGGUGGGCACCAACCCCCGUCAGUCCACUUUCCACUUUCAGGGCACAACCCCGCCAUCUGUUGGGUGAUGUAGGCCCAGCAUCUUCUGCACUUCUGUAACUUUAUAGGUGAAUUGUUAGCACGCCAGAUCUGAGCGAACCAUAUUCACAGUCUGUAUAAACUGCUGGACAUAGCUUGGUUCCAUUAACAUUGACUACAUUGCAAUCUCCAAUCAAUGACUCUGUAAAUAUAAAUUCUUUCCCUGUAUUUCCACCCUUGUGAUAUGGGCAUCAUCGCAACACCAGCUAUUUAUUUCCUUUCCCUGUUGUCUGUGAGGAAGUAAUGGUGGGCUAUAGCCCAGUACCGCUGCAGGUGUUUUGCAAUGCUCUUGGUUAACAAGUUCCAGGAUGUUCACCAAUAAAUUAUGCCAAAGUCAGGAUGGUCCAUGUUGAGGAGGGGAAGUUGGAGAUGAUGCUGUAUUCAAGCAGAUUCAUAAUCAUGAUUGUCAAGUCAAGUCAAGAGUCAAGAGUCAAUUUAAUUGUCAUUUGGACCCCUGGAGGUCCAAACGAAAUGCCGUUUCUGCAGCCAUACAUUACACACAAAUAGACCCCAGACACAACAUAAUUACAUUUUACAUAAACAUCCAUCACAUAGCUGUGAUGGAAGGCCAAAAAAAACUUAUCCCUCCACUGCACUCUCCCCCCCCCGAUGUCAGAGUCAAAGCCAAAGCCCCCGGCUGGCGAUGGCGAUUGUCCCGCGGCCAUUGAAGCCACGCCGGGUGGUGCGAGGUCGCACACCGGGUCUUGGUGUUGGAGCCCCCGGCGUGCGCUCGCAAAGUCCCGCGGCCAUUCCAGCCGCGCGGGGCAGUGAUGUAGGCCCCGCUCCAGGAGCUCUACGACCCCGCAACACGGGCGGGAGAAUUCGCCGUUGCAGGAGCCCCGAAAAGCGGUCUCCCUCCAGGGAUCCGCGGGCUCCCGGUGCCGCCGUCCGCAGACCCGCAGUAGCAGCCUCCGACUCGGCAUCGGCAGCAGCAGCAGCGGCAGCGGCAGCAGCAGCAGCGCUCCUCCACCGCUCCAACCGUUCCGGACUCGGCCAGCCCCCCGAAUCAUGAUUGUGGGACAGGGAGAUGAGAGGUAAGUUGAGGGUGGAUGGUACAGAGUGCAGCGGGGCAGUGGUUAGGUUUGUAAGAGGUGAUGGAACUGGGAGGGAUAGUGGGGCAGUGGAUUCCUCACAGGCCUAGAAGGCCAGUCCAAUGAUUCAUGCUUAGUUUCUGCAAUAUGAUGAUGCACGUUGCACCAGCUACUGGAGAUGAUGUGUGUUGAUGAUGAUGGCUGACCAAAUACAUAACUGUGUCCCUCGCAUCAAGGAUUUUGUAUGUUCUUCUGCAUCUGGCUUCCCUGUCAAAGGAAUGAUAUAUUCACAAUAGAGGCUGC